GAUGGCGCUGUGAGCUGUGCGUGUGAGAGUUACAGCUGUAAUGUGCAGCUUUAGCGCCGGUCUAGAGAGGACAGGAAGUGUCUCCGGCGAGAACAACACAGCGCUCCGUCAGGUUUUUUAUAAAAAGAAGUCACAAUGUCUCGGAGAUAUGAUUCGAGAACCACCAUCUUUUCCCCUGAAGGGCGUCUGUAUCAGGUGGAGUAUGCUAUGGAGGCUAUCGGCCAUGCCGGGACCUGUUUAGGGAUCUUAGCCAACGACGGUGUGUUACUGGCAGCCGAGCGGAGGAACAUCCACAAGCUGCUGGAUGAAGUGUUUUUUUCAGAGAAGAUCUAUAAACUUAAUGAAGACAUGGCAUGCAGCGUAGCGGGAAUCACGUCCGAUGCCAACGUCCUCACUAACGAACUCCGGCUAAUCGCUCAGAGGUAUCUCCUGCAGUACCAGGAGCCCAUCCCUUGUGAACAGCUGGUUACAGCUCUGUGUGACAUCAAGCAAGCCUAUACACAGUUUGGAGGGAAAAGGCCAUUUGGUGUGUCUCUGCUGUACAUGGGCUGGGAUAAACACUACGGCUUUCAGCUGUACCAGAGCGACCCCAGUGGGAACUACGGAGGCUGGAAGGCGACCUGCAUCGGCAACAACAGCGCAGCUGCUGUGUCGAUGCUGAAGCAGGACUUUAAAGAAGGAGAGAUGACUCUGUCUGCAGCUCUCGCUCUCGCUGUUAAAGUGCUCAACAAGACCAUGGACGUCAGCAAGCUCUCUGCAGAGAAAGUCGAGAUCGCCACACUGACACGAGAGAACGGCAAGACCAGAAUCAAAGUCCUCAAACAGAAAGAGGUGGAAGAGUUGAUCAAGAAGCACGAAGCGGAGGAGGCCAAGGCGGAGAAAGACAAGAAAGAGAAGGAACAGAAAGAGAAAGAUAAAUAAGAACCCGGCACUUCUUUUAUUCUAAAAAAAAAAAAAACAACAACAGGGGUUUGAUAUUGUAGUGCUCCACUCAGUCUCGUCUGUAUGUCUGCUUUUUCUUCUUCUUUUUUUUCUUUAAUAAACACAACACGGUAA